AUGACUCAGGCUGUUCUUUCUAUCUAUCUAUCUAUCUAUCUAUCUAUCUAUCUAUCUAUCUAUCUAUCUAAUCGAGUCAGGAACUUUUUUUUAACAAUCGUAUCUAUCUAUCUAUCUAUCUAUCUAUCUAUCUAUCUAUCUAUCUAUCAGUAUAUUUAUAUCUAUUUCAAUAUGUUCAUGUCUGUCUCAGUUUGUUUACAUCUAUCUAUCUAUCUAUCUAUCUAUCUAUCUAUCUAUCUAUCUAUAUAUAUAUAUAUAUAUAUAUAUAUAUAUAUAUAUAAGAUUACUGGGCCUUUAUUCUUUUCUUUAUUAUCUCCGAAUUGCCGGGCCUUUAUUAUUUUCUUUAUCAUCUCCGAAUUACUGGGCCUUUAUUCUUUAUUUUAUCAUCUCCGAAUUUCUGGUUCUUUAUUCUUUUCUGUAUUAUCUCCGAAUCGCUGGGCCUUUAUUCUUUUCUUUAUUAUCUCCGAAUUGCUGAGCCUUUAUUCUUUACUUUAUUAUCUCCGAAUCUUUUUUAAAACUGGGCCCAUGACAAAAUUCUUCCCAUCUUUAAUCGUGUUUUCGUUAAUAUCUAUCAACCUGUUAUAUUCUGUUUAUUCUGUAUUUAUAUCUAUCUAUCUAUCUAUCUAUCUAUCUAUCUAUCUAUCUAUCUAA